UCACAAAACCCUAUUACCCACCCAUAAUUCCGCCAAAGCUGCCGACGUUAGGGUUUCGAGAAAAAAAAGAGUUGAAGAAUGUCUUCCACCGGCGAACUCGCAUGUACCUACGCUUCCUUGAUUCUUCAUGAUGAUGGCAUUCCCGUAACUGCGGAGAAAAUUGGAACAUUGGUGAAAGCAGCAAAUUUGCAGGUGGAAUCAUAUUGGCCAAGCCUAUUUGCAAAGCUUUGUGAGAAGAAGAAUGUUGAUGAGCUUAUCAUGAACGUUGGCUCUGGUGGUGCCCCCGCUUCUACUGGCGCUGCUGCCGCCGCCGCUGCUCCUGCUGCUACCGGUGACCAUGCACCUGCCGCCGAUGACAAGAAAAAGGAAGAGACAAAGGAAGAGAGUGAUGAUGAGGCCAUGUUUAGCUUGUUUGAUUAGAGUUGCAGAAUUCGUUAGUCCUCGGGAUGUUGAUGAAUUUCAGUAUUUUGGCUUUUUUAAUUUGUCUAGAAUUAUGUUAGAAUAAUUUUGAAUUCUGAUACAUAUGGCGUUAUUGUAUCGAAAUCAAUACUUGACUUAUCUAUUAGUACUACUACACAGUCUUUUCCUUA